AGAUGUCACACAACUGUGAAGUUAGUCUCUUUUAACGAAUCAAAAAAAAAAAACAAGACCCAAAAACUGCUUUGGUUCUGCGCCCCUUCUUUCUUCCCGAUCUGGCAGAUUCUAGCAUUUCAAUUUUCCCACGAUCUUUUUUUUUAAUUUUCUUAGGUAAAAAGCAAUUAACAAAAAUCUAAAUUUGCUAUGGGAGAUCUUAUCAGUAUUCAUCCAACAGAGCUUAAAUUCCCAUUUGAAUUGAGGAAGCAAAGUUCAUGUUCUAUGCAAUUGACCAACAAGACAGACAAAUAUGUUGCCUUCAAGGUUAAAACAACCAACCCCAAGAAAUACUGCGUCCGUCCCAACUCUGGUAUUGUUUUGCCUGGAAGUUCAUGCAAUGUCACCGUUACCAUGCAAGCUCAAAAGGAGGCACCUCCUGAUAUGCAGUGCAGGGACAAAUUCCUCAUCCAGAGUGUUGUUGCUCCAGAUGGUGCAACCUAUAUAGACGUAACCUCAGAAAUGUUUAACAAAGAGGAUGGUCAGGUCAUGGAUGAAUUCAGAAUGCGGGUCAUUUACAUUCCUGCUAAUCCCCCCUCUCCUGUUCCUGAAGGAUCUGAAGAGGGGUCUCCUCCCAGAGAAACUGUUCAUGAAAAUGGGAAUCAAAAUUCAUCUUUUGAAGAUGUAUCAAGAUCUUUAGAGGAGAAUAAAGAGAAGUACUCAGAGCAUUGGUUGUUCAAUGUAUUUUUAUCUCCAGCCAUUGUCUGUGAUUUCAAAGUUGACAGACGAGAAAUCUUCUGCUUUGCAACAAAAUCAGAGGCUACGCCAAGAACUGGAACUGUUGAGAAAAGAUAUUAGCAAAAGUCGUGCUGGUGGCUUCUCUCUAUCGUUUGUGGUGCUAGUUUCUCUUCUCGGUGUCCUGAUUGGCUAUCUUGUUAAGAGAGCUUAGGAAGAACUGCAGUUGGAACCAUCUCUUAUGAAAACAUUUGGGUGCAAGCAGUAAUUGGCUGCUUUUUUUUUUUUCCUGACUUUUAGGUCCUUGCCCCAAUAAUGUUUUAAUCAUAGUAAAAUGAUUGAUUGUUCAAGUUGAACAGGUGAUUGACUCCGUGGUGGUUAGACAGUAUCAAGCUUAUGUAAACUAAGAUAUUCUUAUCGAAUUUGCCUUUUUCUCACAGUUUCACGAGUAAUGCGUUUGUUCGAUUAUAAUUUUGUAUUUGGAGCAGCUUGAACAAAGCUGACGACGCAUCCCCACUUUCUGGUUCCAUAAACAGUUCAUCAAUGAUUGCUAGCUAAGAGUUAUGUACUUCCUAGUACUUCUACUGGAAAUAUCACUGUUAUUUCGUUUUAUAAAUAAAACGAUGACUUAUCAUCAAUUCCCAACAAAGACAACAAAGUGGUGCUAAUUAUAUUCAUUGGAUCAAUCAUGAUUUUCCGACAAGGAAUUUAUAGAGUACAGAGAAAGGUAACAAGGACUCCUAAGACAUUAAGUAAAACUGAAACAGUUAAAACACACAUCAAGCACAACCGUACAUAACUCUUUUAUGACAUACUAUACAAAAUAGAUUGUACGUUCUUCUUUCACUAGCUGACACUGACAGGCGUUGCUGUUGUUUGCUUCUCCACUUCCAGCCCUAGGUUUGCCUCACCAGAUUUCUUUUCAGUUGCUGCUCUGGGAGGACAGCGCCAGUUGCCUCCGUGGACUUCUUUAAGAUGAUGGCAACGACUGAAUCCUCGAGUUAAAAAGGCCCCGAACAUCGCCCCCAACAGAAACGCGGCACCAGUCUUCAUCAUACUAAUUUUGAUUGAUGAUCAACUUUAUUCACUUUCUCUGAAACACCAAAAGAAUAAGCAAAUUCAGGAAAAUUUUAGCAGAAGUGCAUGCAUGCAAGUGAAUUGUGUUUUAAUUACGCUGUUCAAAGGCUUAUUCCCAAUCAUUUAUAGUGACGGUUCACACCAGGCUAUCCCCUUCCCCAAGGAUCAACCCCAGUCCCAAUAUUUUAUCUUUGCUUGAGUAACAAGGACAUAGUUUUCAAAUAAAGAGUCCGUUUCCUUGAAAGG